CUUUUGACCUAAAAAGAUAGAAACGGAUUAAGCUAGUAGGGAAAGAAUAAGAUGCACACCUAUUCAAGACAGUGAUCUAGUAGUUGCAUGGUUUUCCUCUGUCCUUCCUAGCUACAACAAGUCACAUUUGGCUAUUAAAGCAACCAAGUAUUACAGUGGGGCAGGCUAUGCCCUUUUAGGAGGCUGUGUACUGUUAGUUGUCUUUCAUAGAUGGGUUGUAAGGUUUCAUAGAUGGGUUAUAAUGUCUCUCAACCUUUAUUUCCAGAUUGAACCAUGUCUUCAUUUGCUGACGAGACGGCGGGUGAUGUGCCCGUUAAAGACAUCACCCUAAACCUCCCUCAAGUUGGAGUGGGAUUACCAGAGUCGCUGAUGGCCCAGAAUGCCUGUGCACGGCAGGCGAUCUCGCGGGUGAGCAGAGAGGAGGUGGAAGACCGGUUCCUACAGCUCCAUGAGGAAAACCUGCUCACCCGGUGAGCAGUGAGAACUGCACGCCUGCAUACACACAAUAAAGAGGUGAAGGUCAAGAGGAUGGCCACCAAGCUGGUGCACUUGGUGAAGGACCGUUGGCGGUUGGAGCAAAUAUCUGCAGGCGUGGUGCAUCCAGGGAGCUGGGACGUGGAGCUAGAAGAGAUGAUGGAGGAGCUGCAGGAGAAGGUCCAGGAGCUGCAGAUGCAGAAUGAGGCCCUGAAGCAGUGUCUGCUGGCCGCCAAACAGCACCUGCAGACGCAGAGCAAACAAACAACCCCCUACGGCCAUGUCCAAUCACGCGUCAACACGGGCCUGCGGAGGCUGAGGGAAGACACGGUCAUACCCCCCACUGCUCCCAGAGGACCCAGGAGUGUGGAGGUGGAGGUGAGUGGCAGGCCCCCCGCCCCCCCCAAAUAUGGACACCGUCUGCUGGACGACACCAGAGCUGAGAUCCGGAACCUUGAGAAUGUGAUCGAGACUGAACGGUCUCACAUAGAGGAUAUGGACAGAGCAGCAGAGCUGCUGAGAGACCAGGUGAGGAGGAAAGAGAGAGGGUUUGAAUAAUCACUCCUCCACCUGAAUCAGUAGACCACUGGACAGAGGUCUACUAUCAAGGACAAGGUGGAGAUGAUCCGGCUGCAGAAACAGCUAGUUGAGAAGGGCAACGCAUUCACUGUGCUCGAGGGCAGAUUCCUACAACUCCAAGAGAAUCAGCGGACCCCGAAAACCAGUCAUGAAGCUGUGAUGGCCAAGAUGGACGAGCUCACGGGCCAUCUGAAAGACGAGCAAGUGAGGAGUCUUGGCCUGGAGAGCCAACUACAGGCCAACUCAUUCUCACAGAGGAGCCCUUUGUUGCAGGAGCGAAUCCAUGACCUGGAGAAGGAGAAAGAGCUGCUAAAGGAGAACUGUCCUUUCUACGUAAUCCGGGAACAUCUAGCCCAGCUAGAGGUAGCACUGAAGUCUGACCUGACAGACCAAAACAAGAUUCUGGACAAGAUCAAGGUGGAACUUGAAGCAGUGACACGUAAGAUGAAUGACUCCAAACUAGAGUACGAGCUGAAAUUGGAACAUCUUUCCCAGCUGCUGGACAUGAGGGCUGUCAAGAUUAAGAAACUAGAGGCCCAACUGAAAGACAUCGCCUAAGGCACCAAACCCAACAUCUCCGACGACGACGUGGCCGAAGAGUUUGACAAGACCAUUCACCUGGAGCGAGGAGAGAACCUCCAGGAAAUCCACAUCGGCACGGCGACUAAAGAGGCGCCAGCAGCAGAAGAUGAGGAUCAGACUGAAUCGAUCCUCUCAGACAGUGAUGACUGCAUUGUUCCUGGGCAGUCCUCCAUGGGACGGAAGGUGGACUUUCCAAAAUCCAAUCCAAAAUCUGAGCGUGUGCGUUUGGAGAUCGUGUCUCAGACACUGAGGCCUGAGUCUCGGGCGGCAGCAGACAGCAGCGUGGUCAGGCUGUUUGUAGAGUACUUCCUGUUGGACAUUCCCUCUGAGAAGACCCCUCUGUCCCUGCCCAAGCCCCCACCUGGCAAGACCAGCCACUACAACUACAGCAAUGUGAUUCAUGUGGACAUAAAGAAUAACAAGACCAGACAGGUGAUUCUGAGGGGGGUACUAGAGGGACGCAACCCACAAAUGGAAAGGUUAGGAAAAAAUAGUGUUUUGAUCCCUAAUAUCCUGGAGCAACAACAGGACUUGAUUGAGACCAGCCUGAACAGACAGCAGUGUGGGGAUGGGUAG